UACGAGACGAAGAGCCAUUGCACGCGAUGGGUGUGGUGUGCGCUUUCAUUCCUGCGGUGGUGUUACUCAGCAUCAUUGCAUCAGCCUCGGAAGAUGAGCCAGGCUGCGGACAUCCAACAUGUAGGUAUCCUGAAGGCUGUGAAGAUCCCGUGAAGGUCGGCCCGCGCAAGGCCUUGAUUCCGCGCUUCUUCUACAACACUACAGUGCAUGAGUGUCAGCAGUAUUCUUGGGGUGGCUGCUCCGCAAACUGCAACAACUUCGAGAACGAGAAAGAUUGUGAAAAGAGGUGCAGGCCGUCGUAAUGGCUUUUUCUUUUACAGGAAGCAAGAUAAGCGCCAGAAAACAGUUGAUACACACUGUGCCGGCACACCUGUUCUCGGAUUGCCUAAUAAAAACCCCA